UCACUUCAGCGCUCUACUCGCUUCUCAGUAGCAUAUGACUCGUCGUGUAGGGUAGAUGUGCGUCUGCCAGUCCGUCGAUAACAAAUAAAAUAAACUCAGGGCUUCCAGUGCGUAUUUUUUGUACUUAUUGAGUAACCCAAGUGUUUCCAGUGCCAUUUGUGAAUCGAUUUUGGAUUUCAUUCUACAAAUCUGGGAUUUCACAGCGAUGGCUACGCAGCGAUGACGACUAAUAACAAGAUGGAGUCCAAAGGCACGCAGAUCCACCUGCCCCUGAUAGGGCGUGGCAGUCGCGGCGAACUUAGCGACAAGGUCAUGUUCAGCCAGGUCAAGUCUCCCCCGGAACAGCUCAACAAUGGACAGCUGUUAGGAGGCUCUCAAAUGAAUCUUUGCAACGGCGGGGCUGGUACUCUCACUGGCCUGGUACCGAAGAUACCCAACGGUUAUGGCGACCAGAAGAAACCCAUGGCGUCCCUCACCCACCUCCCGAAGCGUCCACCCGUAGACAUCGAGUUUUCUGAGUUGUCGUACUCCGUCAGUGAGGGUAGGAAGAGAGGAUACAAGGCGCUGCUGAAGGGAAUCAAUGGGACGUUCCGGUCGAGCGAGCUGACUGCUAUUAUGGGACCCUCGGGCGCGGGGAAGAGUACCCUUAUGAAUAUAUUGGCUGGUUACAAAACGUCGAACGUCAGUGGAUCAAUCCUCAUAAACGGGAAGGAGAGAAAUCUCAGAAGGUUCCGCAAAUUAUCCUGCUACAUAAUGCAGGACGACUGUCUCCUGCCACAUCUCACAGUUAAAGAGGCCAUGCACGUGUCAGCCAACCUGAAGCUCGGAAAAGACAUGACAGUGAACGCCAAGAAGAUCGUCAUUGAGGAAAUCUUAGAAAUGUUGAGUUUGGUUGAAGCUGGUGAUACAAGAACGAUAAACCUUUCUGGCGGGCAGAAGAAACGCUUAUCCAUAGCAUUAGAGUUAGUGAACAAUCCACCUGUGAUGUUCUUUGAUGAGCCUACCUCUGGAUUGGACAGUUCAUCGUGUUUCCAAUGUAUAUCUUUGCUUAAAUCCCUGGCUAGGGGAGGCAGAACUAUCAUCUGUACCAUCCACCAACCGUCUGCUCGACUUUUCGAAAUGUUUGACUUCUUGUACACGCUAGCUGAAGGACAGUGUAUAUACCAAGGCCCCGUCCCGGGUCUGGUGCCGUUCCUGUCUUCGAUGGGGCUCCAUUGCCCGAGCUACCACAAUCCAGCGGAUUACGUGAUGGAGGUAGCGACGGGCGAGCACGGCGACUGGGUGCACAAGCUGGUGAUGGCGGUCAACAAGGGAACCUGCGGCCGCGCGCAGUCCUCCUCCUCCAGCUCGUCCUCCAACAACUGCAACUACAACAACCAGACCAAGAACAACGUCAAGAAGGAGGCGCUCGAGAUUGUGAUCGACAAACCCACCUGCACUGUGAUAGACAUGUCGGAGCCGACGCUUAACACCGACAAAGAGAAACAGAUCGCGCUGCCCAACGCCACCAACCUCGCUCCAGUCACCUGCACCACAUCGCUGCUGGACUCCAGCGAGAGUUUCACCAAGAAGCCGGUAAACUCGGGCUUCCCGACGUCAGGGUGGAAGCAAUUCUGGAUCUUAUUGAAGCGCACGUUCCGGAGUAUAAUGAGAGAUCAGAUGCUGACGCACUUGAGGCUAUGUUCGCAUACAGUGGUCGGGCUGCUAAUCGGCUUCUUGUACUACGACAUCGGACACGACGCUGCUAAAGUGAUGAGCAACGCGGGCUGUAUAUUCUUCACUGUCAUGUUUACUAUGUUCACGGCUAUGAUGCCGACGAUUCUAACAUUCCCAACGGAGAUGAGCGUGUUUGUGAGAGAGCAUUUAAAUUACUGGUACUCGUUAAAAGCGUUCUACUUUGCGAAGACUAUAGCGGACCUACCGUUCCAGAUAGUCUUCAGUGGCGUGUACGUGAUAAUAGUGUACUUCAUGACGGGGCAGCCGAUGCAGACGGACCGCGUGCUCAUGUUCACCACCAUCAACAUCCUCACGGCGCUGGUGGCGCAGUCGCUGGGGCUGCUCAUCGGCGCCGCCAUGAAGAUAGAGACCGGCGUGUACCUCGGCCCGGUGACCACCAUCCCCGUCGUCCUCUUCUCGGGCUUCUUCGUCAACUUCAACGCCAUACCCAGCUACUUGCAAUGGUUGACGUAUUUGAGCUACGUGAGAUACGGCUUCGAAGGCGCCAUGCUAUCUGUAUACGGUUACGGAAGGGAAAAACUGCAUUGUUCAGAAGCGUAUUGCCAUUUCAGAACGCCGAGCCUCUUUUUAAAAGAGAUGACGAUGGAUCAGGCCAACUUCUGGGUGGACGUCGGCGCGUUGAGCGGUUUCUUUGUAUUUAUUAGAAUAGUCUCCUAUUUAGUGUUAAGGUUCAAACUGAAGAUGAUGCAGUAGAUUCAAAGGCACAAAAUGCGCUUCGUAUUUUAACAGUGAUAAUGAUUCCAAUUACCCCCCUCUCCUCCACGUUAGAUAUGGGCGUAACCAGGUCUUUUACACGCACUGAUUGCGUGCAAAUGUGACGUCAUUAUGUCCAAAGUAUAAUAAGAUAUAUAUGUUGAGAUUGAAAAACGGCUAAAGUUGCGUGAAUUUAUAUCCGACUAAAAAAGCCGCAUAACUUUAUAUGGUCGGCACAUUGAUGGGGCGCGGGGUAUGCAGGCAAGGAUUGCGUUAUGCGGUUUUUGACUAUAGUUUUGAACCCAUUAGGGGUUCUUAAUGAAUAGCUUGUUCGUACAAUGUGACCAUAUAGUUUGGUUUGCAUGAAUAGGCACUGUUAUGGAAGAACAUUAUUUUAAUUGCUGAAAAGUGAAUUUUUAAAUUUAAGAAAGAAAAUUGUUAGUUAGACCUUUGAGAUAAGGCAUUUUAGAAUGGAGGCUACGGAGUAAGGUCGGAGACAUACUUUUAAAUUACGACGCUGCUGGAUAGCGUUUCACAUAUAAAUUUAAAGGUAGACUGCAUAGAACACAUGCAGUAUUUAAAUUGCAUUAUUACUACUUUUUAUUGGCUAUAAUAUUACUGGCUGUGUAAGCCAUUAACAUCGCAUUUUAUAAGUAUGCUUCCGCACUAUGGUACAGCAAAAGAUCUGUUGACGUUGAUAGAAUUAAAAAAAUCAAAAACCCGCAUAAUGGAUUAUGACGGAUAUCUCUCCCACAACUGAAACGAAUCUAAUGGUAUCUUAAUAGUAGAACUGUUAAACAUACCGUAGACAGGUAAGUCAAUAGACAAUGAUUGAUGAUGAUGAUGAUGAUUGCAACUAAUUGAGGCUACAAUUUCGCGUUUACAAUAAUAUUAUGUUUAUUCUUUCUUGGACUAUUGUUGUUCCUGAAGAAACGACACAGCACUAAUUUUCGAAUUGUCUUGUUUCUUACUUCUCUUUUGUUCAGAGUUCGUUGCUUUCUUUGUCUAUUUAUUUCUCUGUCUAUGUUAUAAACGCUCGAAAAACAACUCUCCUUCGGACGUCGGGUAAGAAUGAAUAAAACAGGGAAUGUAAAGAGUAAAGUGAGCAGAAUAGAAUUAGAAGGGUCAGAAAAGAUUUUAGAUAGUAGUAUUAGUAUAAUGACCGGUUCAUAUUUAUUCCAGUCACUGGACUAUUCCAUUCCACUGGACUGAAAUGUAUUCCAUAAUGGAAUAAUUUGAAUCAGCCAUAAAUAUUACAAAUAUUAGCGAUAUUUUUAUAGGCUUAAUAUUAAUAAUUUUGACUGUAAUGUUGUCUGAUGAAUGAUGUUCUAAAGGCCAUUUUUAUGCCAUUGGAUUACCUAAAUAAAUACUAUCUUUGCUUUAGAUUUUAAAUUGAUUUCGAUUUUUUCAUUUUAUUUUAUGGUGGCUUACUAGUCUAUAAUGUAUUCCGCUAAGUAGUUUAUGGUUCCGGUACGAUGUAGAACAGAAAACAACCGUAUGACGUCGUCAAUUAUCAUCAGGUGAAUUCGCAGAUAAGUUUUAAUUUUAAUUUGUUGUAUAAAAGUGUUCACUUACCAUCAAUUGCAAUACUAUGAUGGAAAUGAUUAUUUGUUACUUAAAGAAAGAGGCCAGAACAUCAUUUGCAUAAUGAUACUGAAUGUAUUUUUGAUUGUGAUAAACGAAUAGUUGCCUAAUUUAUUUAAUAUUUUGGAAAGUUAUGGGGAUGGGGGGUUACCCCCCGCGGUUACGCCCACAGUUAGCGACACUGCCCGACGUGUUUCGCUAAGGGUCAAUUCACACUGACGUAGCGAAACUGUAGAUUUAAAUAGUCAUCAAUAAAGUCUCAUUGCCUAGAUUAGUUAGGCAAGUAGAAUUUUUCUUGAAAACCAGCUAAAUAUUAUUUGAAGCAAUUGUUUAGUUUGUUCAUUUAGUUAGAAUUCAUUGAUUAGCAAUUGAUAAGACUAGUUAGUGUAAUCAAUUGCAUUGAUGCACAUUUGUGCAAGGUAGUGCAUUUCAGUAAGUAUGUAAGUACCGCAAAAAGACACUGAAUUGAAAUUACUAAAUACAUUUGUUUUUUGUGUGUUUAAAACUUGACAGUUAUAGAAUUCGUUCGAGUGUGAAUUUACUCUCAGCGUUGUUUUACACAAAGCCGGCAGAUUUAUUAACAAUUCCCGUAUAUAUUUUGUAUAGUAAUUAUCUGUCAGUUUUGUUAUAUUGUUAAGAAUUAACGCGGCGGCGCCACUAGUUGUUACAGUAGGUAAUAAUAUAGUUUUCGAAAUAUAUAGCUUUAUAGAACGCAGUCCGACUCAGUCGAUAAGUUACGGGCAAAGUGAUGAGGGUGGACAAUGUUGAUACUGUCUGGUUAGAGUUGAGUUUCAAAGAGCAGGCAAAGUGAAGGACGCUUUUUUCGUACACUUACUUUACCAGUUAAUAAAGUAAAAUUCCCGUUUAUCUAGUAUCUUGAACAUAUUUUAAUAUAAGUAAUUGUGUAUGAAACAUAAAAUCUUGUAUUUUUAUUAAAAUACUUAAUUUUGUAGUUCAAUGAAUAGAUUUAGAGACAAUGUAGUAUUCUGUCAGUGUUAAUUUGUAUUUAAUAAUGAGUAUAUUUGCAAAAAAAUAUCUUUAAUUAAUUACAUCUUUGCCCAGAUCUUUGUAGAAUCUACUUUGCCCAGUCAGUGUUGGCUUUGCCUAUCCUGCAUAUUUUACUCUUAACAGAUAUUAGUCUUUAUACAUAAUUAUAAUAUAAAAUAUAGGUAUAAGGUUUUUUCUAGAUUGGGCCCAUGACUUAAUUUUAAGUUACUUAAAAGAUAUUAUUUCAAUUAUUAUGUACCUAUUUACGAGAUCACAACGUAGGCUUUUCUACUCGUUCUUGUACGCUAGUGUGGGUGACUUCGUUGUGUGAUACUUGCGGUCUGUCAAAACUGUGUUUUAUGUUUGUGUGUUGAUUUGUGAUGUUUUUAAGAUUUUUAGAGGGGCUUCAUGUGCGAAACAAUAGUGAAAAAUAUCUACUUUUCCUUAACUUUGUUGCUGAAUGUCUGGUUGAUAUGUGGGCUAUGAAAAUAGGUACAUUUUUCUUCCUUCAGUCCAGGCUU